AUGUUCCUCGGGAUAACCGUAAGAUCGUGUAGGAUUCGACGGAUCGUAAAACGGAGUCCCGGAUACUCCGGAAAUGCCAACCCUAGGGUGAGGGUUUCAGUAACCGUCCAAUUGUGCGAUCGUGAGCGGUCUAACCGUCCGUUUCGGACCAAACUUACAGGACGUACUCCGACCCAGCAUACGCAGCAGGCGGGACCCUCUAAGGGUCAAGCUGUGUGGGACUACUUGUGA